GUGGAAACUUGCAAUAUCUACGUACGUGAAGAAUAGGUUGGUUUGCUUUUGUGUUGAACGAUCAGCUGUGUUUUGAAAACGUUUAAAACGUAUUAAAAUAUUAUAAACGUAUAAAAAUAUUGCUUUUGCGUCGAAAUAUUGAGAGAAAUGACUACGGCCGCGAGACCGACGUUUGAACCGGCUAGAGGAGGACAAGGACGUGGCGAGAAGGAUUUAAGUGCAAUUUCAAAACAAUAUAGCAGCAGAGAUUUACCAUCUCAUACAAAAUUAAAAUACAGAGAACAUGGACAAGGGACGAUAGAGGAAUUGCGAAACCGUGAUUUCCGCAAAGAAUUAGAAGAACGUGAACGUGAACGUGAGAGGGAAAAGGAUAAAAGUUCGAAUCGUCGUAUGAUAGAAGCACCUCGAGAGACUUCUGCAACAAGCAUUGCCAAAAGGCAAAAAAUUGAUCAAGUACCUACGGCAAGUUUAGAUGCGGAUGAUCCUCUCGAUGAUGACGAUUCAGAGUCAGAAAGUGACGAAGAUGAUACUGCUGCCCUUUUAGCUGAAUUGCAACGUAUUAAAAAGGAAAGAGCUGCAGAACAAGCUAAAAAGGUGAAGUUUCUGCAUAUAUUUAAUCUUAUGUUUUUUGAAAACUUUUAUUGUUCUGUUUUCUUCGUGUUCAAGGAAAUGGAGAAGAGGCAGGAGGAGGAAAGAAUAAGAAUGGAAAACAUUCUUUCUGGAAAUCCUUUACUAAGUUAUUCCUCUCAAAGUGGAAGAACAGAUAUGAAAGUCAGACGGCGAUGGGACGACGAUGUGGUAUUCAAGAACUGUGCUCGCUCUGAACCAAAAAAGAAGCACGAUGUGUUUAUAAACGACUCGUUACGAAGUGAAUUUCAUCGUAAAUUUAUGGAAAAAUAUGUUAAGUGAACAAACUACCAUAAGAAGUAUUCUGUAAAUAGCUUUAAGUUAGUUAUCAUACUAUUUAUAAAUGUUUCGUACUGCAAUUAAUGAUGUCAAAAAGAAUUAUCCUUGCAAAUCUUACAAACAACUAAUUUCAUAAAUAUAUAUAUGUUAUUAAAUUGUACAUCUGAGCUUUCACGUAUGUAUUUAUAUACACUUGUGAAAUCCAUUGAAUUAAAGUACAAAAAGACUAAAAGCAACCG